AUGAUUCGCUCAGCAGUCUUUUUUGCUUUAAUCGCGGUUCUGGGUACUUUGGCAUACGCAGAAGAGCCUGCUGCCCAGGAAGUACCAGUGGAAGUGAGAGUUGUUGACCAAAUUGACGAUUACGUGAAAAAAAAUCCUGGACAGAAGCUCGUUGAGUUGCAACCUGAAUCGAGAGCGGUUCGAAGUAAAGUUUACACCCUUGGACGACGAGUUCUAGGAGAUGGUCUUGUGGGGUAUGCUAGAGGAACUAACAGCUAUACAUCCUUGAAAAAUGCCUGGGCUGUGAUUCGCUUCACUGGUAAAGUGAUUACUCAUGUGAGGGUGACCGUUCUUCAGACGUCCAACAUUGGGAGACUUUAUGUGACUGCCGGAGGAAUUAACAGGAGUUACAUUACGUUUGUCAUCGAAGCUAAGAGUACUCGUCUCUUUAACUUCAGAGCUGAUAUCUAUGGAAGACGUUGA